AUGCAGGCGCCCAACAGCGUUCGAGGCUAUUCGGAUUUCUUUGCCUCUGGGUUUCGCGCAGUUGCAACCCGCAUACCAUCUUCCCCAGGCUCACGCAACUCACUAGAGUCUAUUACCAACGCUCCUGCUCGCUCUCGACGGUCCUUUGCCGAUAUUACUCACCGUCGCCCACGCCCGACAUCCAUGUUCGUUUCCAACACAAGCUCAACGCCAUCCGAAACUCGUGAGAAGAGUUCCCGUGGGCGGCGUUCGUCCUUUGUCACAUUCUCUUCACGGCUGUUCGAGCGCAUAACCUCUGUUUAUGGAGACGAGAAUUCUACCAUUUCAUCAAGCUCGAGGAGGAGCAGCAAGAGCUUCCGUUUCUUUGGUUCAGACCAUGAAAGUGUGCCAGACAGUGGCAUGUGGAUAUCAACGGGCGGACCACACACGCCUUCUGCGCCCAAUGGAAGGUAUGUAAGACAUUCCCUUUCUCUCCCGUUGCCGGUUGCGAUCCCAUGCACGGUCGUUACUACCCCGAACAAAAGUGACUCACAUACCUUCCUUUGUCUAUCGCUACCCCCUUACAGUUCUGCUUUACAUCAGCCCAUCGACCCUUUUACAUCUUCUCCCGACGCCAGGUCGAUGUUCAUUGAUCUUUCAUCAGACAGUUCUCCUUCUGGGACUCCCAAACGAGAGUCAUUCCUAUCUCUCACCGGCUCGUCGUCAAACCGCUCUUCGCUUAUCUUCUCUCGACGAGAGCGGCCGACAUCCAUUCAUACCAUGCCACUACCUUCCCGUUCUCGCCGUUCUUCUUUACAAUAUCGCGCACCAAGCCAGGAGAAAUCCGACUUCUUCUUGAUUCUCGAAGAAGAACCCGGUCUGGCUGCUGAACCCAUUCUCGAAGACGAGCGUGACGACUGGGACGCACCUGCCAAAAUCGACUGGCGACAGUUUCACAUCGAUAUCCUUACAGACGACUCACAUUGA